UUUUAGGUAUAUAAUUUAAUUGUAAUGAGGAAAAAGAAACUGAUUUGAAAUAUUAUCGAAAUGGAAAACUUAUCAAUAGACGUCAACAUGUUGUCUGAUAUUAAUAAUUCAGACUUCAUAGAUAUGCUCAAUGAAGAUCAAGACUUCCAAGACCUGUUUUGCGACCCCCAAGAGCCUAUGCCAACUGAAACAAAUUUAAAUAUUGUUAAUCGACAAGAUGCUCUGAGGUCUCAAUCAGAGUUUUCACUCAGUAGUGUUGAAGGUUUUGAUCAAAACUUUUCUGCUAGUGACACCAGUCUGACAGAUCAUAACUCUCCUGAAAGUUUGUCCUACUCUCCAUCAUAUGUUCCAGCAUAUGAGGUUGAAUACUCUCCAAGCACUGUCAGUAUCGACAGUGGUGUUCCGAAUUCUGUCGAUUCAGGUUCAUUAGAAUCUCCCCAGUUGUCACCAGAUUCGAUCAAUGCAAGCUAUUCACCAAUUGAUCUUGUAGAUGAUUGCAACAAUUUUUCAAAUGUUGUUAGUUUGAACAACUAUAAUGAACCUGAAGUAACAAGCCAACAAGAUUAUUUGAUGAGAAUCAUAAAUCAGCAAGUUCAGCAAGCUUUGUUGCAGCAACAGCAGCAGCAAAAGCAACAACAACAACAACAACAAAGUCUUCCCUCAAUACAACAACAACAACAACAAAGUCUUCCCUCAAUACAACGACAACAACAACAAAGUCUUCCCUCUAUACAACAACAACAACAAUUGCAACAACAACGUUUGCUACUGGCAGCGCAACAGCGAUUAUUACAAGGUCAAAACAGCCAAUUUGUUCAAGAUCAGGUACCUGUGCAGGACAAUAUAGUAUCACCAGUACAAACAAAAAAUGAUAGCCAGUUAAGAAAGAUGUUGCUGCAGACGAAAAGUAAUUUUGCACAAACCAAAAACAACAUAAUAAAUACUUUGCAGGACAAGAAAGAGAAGAUUUCAAGUUUCAAGUUUCCAAAACCGAAUGCUAAGUCAAAUAAAAGAAAACUACCUGCCAAUCAGCAAGAGGGAAAACAGCAAAAAAUUCCUAUAUAUGAUGAAAACCAUCCUGUGUCUAUCAAUGAAAUACAACUGUCUCCUGGUGAUAAAAUGGAAGCUUUGUUGCUGCAACAACCCAACACACCUGUUGCUCCAACUUUGCAAGGAAUAAAAACGAAUGUUUACCCAGCUAAAGUUUCUUCUCUUAACAAAAGAAAUAGUGACAAUGCAUCAGAUCUUACAACAAUUCCUACUUCUUCUUCUUCUUCUAUAAACUCUGUAAUGCAGCCGCUGCCAAAAAUUCCUAUAUCCAGAUUAAAGACAAACUCAAACGUGACAUUAUUUCAGCCAAAAAGUCCCAAAAAGCAGGCAGCGAAACGUACUAGAGUGGAACAUGUUGUGAUUGAGAAAAGAUAUAGAACGAAGAUCAGUGAAUCUUUAAACGAAUUAAAGAUUAUGUUACGUCACACUGAUGACAAGAAGGCUACAAAAAAUUCAAUCCUGCAGGCUGCAAUUGGGGAGAUUAAACGAUUAAAAAGACUCAACGAUUCUCUUUCACGGAAAAAUAAGAAAAUGAGAAAACUUUUUGAAGAGCUACGAAGUAUUGGUAUAAUACCCAGCAGCCAGACUGUUUCCAGUUCAGGAAGUGAAUCGAAUACAACAGAAGAAGCAAGUACUGAAUCAGCAGAUGCUUUAGAUAUGGAACCUGAAGUUAACCAAGAUCAUUAUGCUUCUCCGUUUCAACGCCAAAGUGCAAGAGACGGUGCUAAACUUAUUACUUGCUUUACUAUCUUUAUUUUCCUGUUUGUAAAUCCACUAAACAUCUUGGCAAGUAAAUCUGGAAUUAGUUCAGGAGGCGGAUCAUUUUCUUCAAGACAUCUAUUGAGCAUUGGUGUGGAACAAGACACAUCUCCACAAUUUUAUCUUGUUUCGAACAUUAUAAAUCUGGUCAUGUCCUUUUUCAUACUUAUGUUUAUGUUUUUGCGAGGAAAUCCACGAUGUAAGAAAAGUUCAAAGCUAAUGCAAUGCUUUCACAGUCAAUUACAAAAGGCACAGAAGAAAAUCAACAAGCAUGAAUAUGAAGAUGCAAAGGGUUUUGUCCGCAUUGCAUUGUUUGUGAUUGGAAACAGCUGUCCGAAAACAUUUUAUGGUCAACUUCCGAGUUUCUUGUGGAAAUGUUGUUGUCAUAUUUUAUACCAGCUUGGAAUUUUCACAGCAAUGCAAUCGAUUGGUCGAUCUAUAUUGCCCUCGAAAUUAUCACUUGCUACAGACAAAGAAGAGGAAGAAUUUGUAGCCAAGUUAUCAGCAGAAGCGUACAAAAAACUACAUGAAAUUGCCUUGAAAGAUCCUUCUAGUAGCUAUCUUGAAGCUGCUUGUUACUUAAUGAACUCCAUAUAUGCUGCAGAAGUUUCUGGAGAUCAUGAACUCUUGUGUACAGCAUAUGCAACCGCUGUCAUUCAUAUGAAAGAAAAGGCAUGGGCCUCUUGCAUUCUACAGUACUACUUCCUUGGUUGUGCGCAUCACGUCUCACUAGCAAGCAAAGCUAACUAUCCAUUUGCUGUUGAUUGGAUUUUCGAGAAUCGUGGCUAUGAAUACUUUGCUAAAGGAUCAUGGGAUGUGAAGCAGUCCUCUAUGUUUCAUGUUCGAGAUGAAGACUCGGAGUUGGACGAAGCUGAUCUUCUUCAAUUGGUUUUCGCACAAUUUCAAGAAUUUCUGAUGAUGAAAGCCAUCCGAAGAAUCGUCGUACCAGAGACGUAUUAUCCCAAUGAAGGAAAAAUUGAGCUUCGUCAACGUGCUCUUUCUUUUCUUGAUAGUCUUGGUACUGGACCAGUGAGUGAACAUCUUGAUUCAGUAUCAAUACAUCAUCACUCAGUGUAUGGUUGGUGGGGUACUGCUUUCAAGAAUCUGUUGUAUGUGUUUAAACAUGGUAAACUGCAGAACGAUGAAUUGGGACUUCUCAAUGACAUGUUUGAAGACAUCGACGAACGACACAGACACAGCUAUAUCAGUAUGACGAAGUUUGUUAUUGACGGCUAUAUAUCUGCGCAAAACGUAAAGCAUAUGACAAGCAACAUGAAGUUGUUGCCGACUGAAGUGGAGGAGUGUUGUUACGACAUUAACGCCAAGUUGCUGUACGCGUCGCACGUCAUCGAACGAACAAGAUCGGUUAAUGCGGCUGACUGCAAGUCCGAAAUGCAUGAGCUACUUCUCCUAAUGUGUUGCAGUCUAAUGGUAGAAGCUAGAUUUACACUGUGGCAAAUUGAUAACAAGAGAAGUACGAGCGAACAUGAGUUGGAUCUAUUAACACAACAAAAUGAGCUCCUGCAAACUCAUGCGACAAAAUAUCUACAACUUGGUCAAAAAGUGCGACAACACGAGCUUUUAAUACAAUCAAUGUCUGGGAUGAACCAAUCAGAACUAGGCCACGUGAUGAAACGAACCAAUCAUAUCAAAUCAUUUCUUCCAAAGAAAGACGAAUUGAAUGGAAUUUAUUACGAUGGAAAACAUUCUUCACCACGUUGACGUCAUAACGUAAAAAUUACUCAAUCCUGUUUGCAUAUGCAAUUAUUGUAUAGAAUAUUAUAAAAACUAUUCUACUACUCUAACAUGAAAACAUACAACGUUUGAACUGUAUCAAUCAUCAAUGGAAAAACCCCAGUCUGAACCGGUCCUUCGCGGUUUAUAACUCGAAAAGUAGAAUUAGACAUAUAGCCAUCAGUCUUAUUUCUCAAAAUAGUGCAUUGUCUUGAAGUUGCGAAAACGCGGACAGUUAUUUUUCGACCUAAUUAUUUGUAACAGCCAAUUUUAAAACAAGCUGGAUUCAUGGACAUAUUUAUAAUGUAGGAGGAUGCUGUCAUAUAAUGUGUUAUUUUUAUUAUGGAAACUGAUAUUUUUAUGGGUUGAUUUUGUUGGAAUUUCUUUAAGAUUAACAAAUCUUGUAUGCAUAACACAGUGCUACCAUUUUCGUUUGGAAAUGCGCCAUAAUAGCGCUACCAUAUUUGUUUUUUGUAUUUGUUUAUUAUGACGAGUCUGUUUGUACAACUUCUUUAACAAGUUUCGCUGACACCUACGAAAGAAAAACAGAUUAGUUUUUCGUGUGAAAAGUGUUUAUAGGUUUUUUAAAGUUGUAUCUUAAAGACAGUAUUUAGAAUAUGUAUUUAGUUCUUCCCA